CAAAACUGGCGGCGUCUGUCCAAUGAGAGUUCAAACCCAAAACAUUUCUUAACAGCAAAAAUGUUUAAAAAUAAGCCCAGGAGUUCGUUGCGCAAGGCGCCUACUGACGACGAUGAUCAUACAACUACAGCUCUGCGAAUCAAAAAACGCAUCAGUUUCAGUGGCAAGAAGUCCGUGAGAGAGUUCGUGGACACUGAGGAACAGAAGAACUGGGACUACUCCUGCGAAGUAUCUGAUCCCCAGACUGGGGAGGAUAACUCAUCCGCCCACCAGGCGUCCCAUAGUGCCCACAAGGAAAAUAUCCCAAUCCAAGUGCCCAUUACCAACACAAGUGUUCACAUCGAUAGCACACUGAAUCUGCAGACCAGCAUCGAUGUGACCUUGCUGCCCUGCGAACUAACUCACCGGAAUCCCCGCAAAGCCUUCACUCCCAUUGUCCAGGACUCCCUGCAUGCUGACAGCCUUCUCCUAUCCAGCGAUGAGCGCAGCAAAAUGCAUAACCAUUUGUACAACAGCCGCAUUAUGGACAAGACCAUGGACUUGAUGUCUGGAUCUUUGGUAAGCAGGACUGCCAAGAACUUAUCUGUGAAGGUAUCUGUGGAAACGGAAGGAUUUUCAAGUAAACCGGCUACCAAAAGCAUUGGUGACUCGUUCAUGGAUAUCACGCCACUUGGAAUGGCUUCCACUGCAGCUCCUGUCCCUCCGACACAUCACAGUUUCAUGGAACUGGAAACGGAGAAGGAAAAUCAACGUAACGUCCAAGAAGACAAGGAAAACCAGGUUCCCACUCAGAAAUCUAUUUUCAUGGAUAUGGAGGAGGAAAAAGAGGCUAAGAGCCAAACGCAAAACGAUCCUGUGGAUAUAUUCUUCGACUGUUCUCUAAAUGUUUCCGAGGACAGAGACAAGACGCCGGAGAAUAACACAUUUUCGAGCAACAAUAGCACUAUCCACUUUAAGGAUGAAUCGGUUCUCAUACCCCUGGACAUGAUCGCCGGCACCAACAUAAGCAAAAAGAUCAAUUUCCAGCAACUAAACGAUGAGCUGGAAGCCGGAAAAAUCCAAAUAUUUCCCAACGGUCCGAAAACCCCAAACACCGAUUCCAAGAACCCGCGAGUUUGGAAAGGUUUCGAAGCAUAUCAAGCGGAUGAUCCAGGACCUGUCAGAGAUAUGCGAAACAUUAAACCGCGAGGAACCUUGAACUUUAGUGAGAAUAUGAUGAUGUCGCCGGAACCAGCCACUCCUGUUCCAAAGGAAAAAGACAAGCUGCAGGUAGCGGACGAUAAACGAAAGUAUCGCUUCUCCCAGGCGGACGAACUAAUGCUGGACAACACAAACUUCCUGGCCCACGCGAAAUUAGGCGAUGAGACUCAGUCCAGAAACACUUCUAAGAACUCCACCAGAAGAGAGGCCACAUUCGACAACUCUGUGUUGGAUUUUCCCCGAUUGGGCAUCUCAAAUAGGUUGGAUGAGCCGGAUCAGUCCAAAGCGCGUCUCCCGAGUCGUCAAACCUUGCUCCUCAACGAGAGUAUCGAUCAGGAAGGUGUGAAAGCUCCUCAUGUGAGAAAAGAGAUUGAUGAGGAAGUUGUGGUCCAAAAAGAAACAGUUACGGAGGACCAGAACCACCACAAAACUACCGUGUGGGAGUGCACUAAGACUAGACGCAGAGAGACUUUAUUGAUGGACGAUUGCAUGCAGGUGGACAUCGUUAGUCCCCUUAAGGAACUUUACCUAAAACCCAACCAUCCGAAAGGCAGCUUGAAAGCCAAACAUACACUUUGCGUCGCAGAACCCGUCGAGGAAGAUGUAAGUCCUUUAAAGGAACUUCCAGCUCCCCAGAAUAAAUCCAAGCCAAGGCAAACUAUAUUGGCAACAGAGCCCAUGGAAGAAGAUGUGAACUUUGAAACAAACAGUUCUUAUAGCAAGGGAAAGUCAGGGAAAACGUUGGUUUCGGAAGAGCCUAUCAUCGAGGAGAAGGUCACAUACAUGACCCGCUCCAAGUCGCGAAAGACCCAAAUUAUGUCGGACUCCAUAGAGGAGGAAAACGAAGCUGAGAAAGCGAAGGAGGAACCUAGAAACAUGCCGACUCUGCCGCAAAACCAAGCUAGGAGGAGGCAUACUUUACUUCAAGAUGAGCCCAUGGAGGAGGAAACGAAUGCUCCGCCUCCUGUGUCCACCAAUUCCAAGUCAAAACAAAGACAGACUUUGCUUUUGGCGGAACCCAUAGACGAGGAAAAGGGCAAAGAUUCGAACAACCCAUCAGCUCUUCCAACCAAAUCGAAGUCAAGGCAGACUCUUCUUUUGACAGAACCUAUAGAGGAGAUAGAGUCUCCUUCAUUUGAACCACGUUCCAAGCCACGACAGACUCUCAUCAUGUCUGAGAAAAUAGAAGAGGAGGAGGUUGUUGCCCCAAAAUCCGUGAUUUCGCAUCCGAAAUCCAAAAGACAGACACUUCUCGCAUCAGAACCCAUCGAAGAGGAAAUCUUAAGUAAUCCUAUUGAUCCUCCAGUUUCAUAUCCAAAGACCAAAUCCAGACAGACUUUGCUAUUGGCGGAACCUAUGGAAGAGGAAUCGGAGAACCAAACUGGUAGUAUUCCAGAAUCUAUUCCAACUGUUCCUCCAAAGCAAUCCAAGAACAGACAGACUCUUCUCCUACAGGAACCCAUAGAGGAAGAGAAGAGCAAACAACCCAAGAGAGGUCCUCCAAUAGCUCAUUCCAAGCUCAAGCCAAGACAGACUCUGCUUCUUGAGGAAUCUAUGGAAGAGGAGGUGCCUUCACGCCCAAAGAUCCAGUCCAUCCAGAACCAUUCAGAACAGACUGCUGCUUCUCAGAUGGUGCAGCAAAAGCCAAACAAAAACAGGCAGACCCUUCUCCUGGUGGAACCCAUAGAGGAGGAAGCUAAUCAAAAUAGUGCUCCAGCACUUCCCCCUUCGAAGCUUAAGUCAAGGCAAACUAUGCUUCUUCAGGAAUCCAUGGAGGAAGAUAUAGGUUCUCGUCCCCGUUUGGAGGAGUCCAUUAAACAAAUAAGGGAUACCCAUCUUGUCCAGAAUCACAAAACCAGAUCACGGCAGACGCUGCAACUAGAAGUCUCCAUGGAAGAGGAAACGAAUGAGAUAGCACGAGAAUUUCCAAAGGUCCUUGAAAAAACAAAUCCAAAAACCAAAUCAAGGCAGACUCUGCUGCUUCAGGAAUCCAUGGAAGAGGAUAACCGCCAGAUACCUCUUCCUUUGGAGAACUCCAUGGAGGAACAAAUCACUAAGCAGGAUGAACCAAUCCCUCAAUACCCUAAAACUAGGACCAGACAGACUCUUGCCUUGGAGGAACCUAUAGAAGAGGAGUCCAAUAAGACAGUGCGUGUCGAAGAAAAGGUCCUUUCCAAGAAGAAGUCACGACAGACUAUGCUUUUGGAAGAAACUAUCGACCUGGAAUCUGACGAGCCAAAGCCACAGGAUUGUUACCAAGCUAUAACCGAUGAUGUCCCAUCCAAAGAGGCUUCCCCGCCUCAUUCAAAGUUAAGACAUGCUCUUUUCAGGCCCAAAGAGGAAGCCAGCCACAAGUCCUUUUCCAGACAAGCUGCGUCUGCACCACUAAGUGGUCACGAGGAUAUGGAAAUGUCUGGAUUGGAAUCCAUUAGUUGGGAGCGAAAGCAAACAAAUACUGUAGCCACUUACAAGUCCUCCAAAGGGCGCCAAACUAUUGUUGCCCCAGAACCUCUAGAUCUGGAGCAGUUGGACAGGCCAUUGGAAAACCCCAAGGCGGAGGUUGGUAGAUCCUUCAAGGCCAGGCACACGCUGGUGAUGGCAGAAGCCAUAGAAGAGGAAGAAGCAGCCAAGCCACAGGAGCCAAUCAGGUCCUCGAAAUCCAGAAAAACCAUUGUUUCAGCAGAGCCCAUCGAUGUGGAGGAAAUCGUGGACGAUCAUGAGGAAAAAGUAGCUAUGGAACACACCAUGGACUUCCAAAGCCCGCAGAGAACCGUGAGGAACACCAAGUCGUUUGCCUUCACCCCUCGGCUUUCCCUUACCGACUUCGAGCAGGAGGAGCAGAACUGCAAGACGCCGAGUCGCCACCAAAAACAACGCACCAUUGUGGAGAUGGUUUUGGAAGCAAACGCAUCCCGAUUCGGCACCCCAAUGGGUCAAGGGAAUCUGAAGCGACUGCCCAAUCACCUGACGCCCAAUCUUCCAGGGUCCAAGAAGCGAAACACCCAGCUCUUCUCGGAUAGUAACAUGGAGUUGGACGAAGAAGACUUACCAGAGGUUGAGGUGCCUGAGCCGAACAAGUCACGCAUUCCAAUCCGCAGAACCUUCAAGCUGGAUGACUCCGUGCAGCUGGUAAGGGACUUUCAGCCUGAAAGAAGCCGCAUAAUUGUUAACUGGAACAUAUUUGGAACUCCGCCUGCUGUGGAGACCAUCGAUCUGGAUGCGGAUGAGCACGAUGAUCAGCUGGACAACGAAAAGAUCAGUUUGGUAUCCACCAUGGAAAAGGAAACGGCCAACGGGGAGGAGCAGGAACCGGAACCAGAGGUCUGUGAAGAGCCCCAGAUGGCGGCGGUUGUGGCCGGAAGCAGUGGCUCCUGCCGGAGGUGUCGCAACUGCAGGCGGUCCAUGAACGAAACCGAGCUGCGCUCCAUUUCAUUUGCGCUGCCCUAUCAUGAUCCGUGGGACUUCUCCAAGGAGUUGCAGACCCUGAAGCGACUGAGGAGCAAACCGACUCUCUCAGAGGUGCACAAAAACUGGGAACUCAGGGAAAAGGAGCGACAGAUGCACGCCCUGGAGGCGCGAGUCAAUGAGUCGGUGGAGGAGGCCGAGUCGUGGAGUGUGCCAGGUCUUAUGGUAAAAUUCAAGAGAACACUAAAAGGUCCUACGAUGAUUAUUGAGGAGAGGACUGUUGCCGAGUCCAGGGAAUCCUUCUUCCAUCGGUUGAGUCGCCUGCUGACCAGCCAGCAACCCAACUGGAUCUUCGAUUACCAGUUGAAGAGCUCGCGGCAACUGAUAUUCUACCACCGACUACUGCCCACAUUUCGGAUUGUGGUGAAAUACGAAGUCCUAGAUGUCGAGGAGACAUCGAUACGCGUCAGCUCCAUCUCGCUGGACAAUGAUGUUGCCAUUCCGAAGCACAGAUGGUCGGUGUUCUACCACUACCAGGACUUCCAGCUGAGUCUCAACCUCCCCGUGAAUCUAAGCAGUGCAAUGGAGGGAAGCAACGAGGAGGCUUUCCUGAAGUUCCUGAAACGCAUCGACCAAAGCUGUGAAAAGGUCAAGAGGACUCUGAACAAACUAUUGACCCUUCUAGCGGCGACAGGAGCCAGACUUUUGAGACAAGCGAAUCGAAAUGUUGUUCGGAAGACGGUGUGGAAGGACAUCGUCGAGGGACAGAUAACCCGCCAUGAGAAGACCAACUUCCUGAUAGAGAUAUCCAACAUUGAUGAGACAUCCUUCAGAGACAUCGUAGAGCCGUCUUUUCAUCACUUUGAUGAACAAAUUCAGCAUCUCCCAAAAGGAAUUGCCUUUCUUGAGGCAUUUCUACCCAAUCCCGAGCAGUUUAUAGUUAGUUCUUAAGUCCUCUACAUCUCGUUGAUGUCCAGGAACCAUUGUACAAAAUAUGACCAUUUUAA